UUUACAACAAUGUAAAAACGUAAACAAAUGUACACAAAGUUUCCGUGCCAAUAAUUUGUUUUUUGGAAGACUAAUCCGAAUGGACCGACUAUAUAAGCAAGAAGGGCUUGAUUUAAAGAGUAAUUGAAGCCAAAAUGUUUUCAAUGAACGUUUGUUUAUUUUUGUGCCUUUUUGUGUGCCUUUAUGAUAAAAGUGCAGCCAGGACCAAUUGGGAGGCCACGCCCUUAUCGAUAGGAGGAACAUCGACAAAUCCGAGUGCGAUGGACAUCAAUUUGCGACUUGAGCGCAUUUCGAGGUCAGAAUUUGGCUUUUCAGGCACAUUCUUCUGGGGCAUUGAUAUGGACGACAACGUGAUGGUCGAGAUGCGCAUUUUGAACAGUUAUUCCGGCGACGAAGCUGACUACAAACUGACUCCCUAUUCCAUUCAGCCGCAGAAAUUCACCGACUAUAUCGACACCUUCUACAAGGACAUGCUGAUCCCUAACCUCGGCAAUUGCACCGAUAUGCCGAGGUACGAGUCCGGCUAUGUACCGCCCUGGCCCAAGGCGACCUUCAAUUUCAAUCGCUGCAGCCUCAACGGCAAGGGACUGCCGGAUAUUUUAGCCGAGGGCUUCUAUAGAGGCGAGGCCAUCAUCACCGCCCUGCCAACUGUUGCAGUUAACAUCUCGGCCACUCUUCGGAUCAAAACAAAAUAUUUCUAAAAUCCGGACAAUUAAAUCGCACCAUUCCUCCCUGUCUAAUGCCAACUGUUUUUGCUUUUGGGCAUUCCCAAGGUGGUGUGAGCCGAAUUCCAGCUGCGACGAGAUCGUCAUAAAGUCCGCCGGACUCACGGGCCAAUAAAUGAACCGGGCCAGGUAGAAAUCGCUUAAAGCCAGCUGACGUCGGCAGGCAGGCAGUUCGAGUGUGAAAUUGGCAAGACAUGUUUGGAAACUGUUGUGGUAGGAAAAAAAGUGUUUGUGGUGGGGUUGUCAGAGGGGAAAUGCCAAGGAAAAAUUGCACAAAGUGUCGCCGGCACAGAGAGAAAUAUAUCGCAAAAUCAGAUAACUAAUUUAGUUUGGAAAAAUAUCAGAGCAAUGGCAUUAAACAUAAUAGUUUAACUGCAUUCAAUAUAAAAUAAGUGAACAAUAUAUAUAUCUCUUGGUUUAGUUUAAAAUCGAACUACAAAGCAAUGAAAGUCUCUCUACUUUUUCCUGUGUACUUUCCCCUCGUUUUCCCCCCUCUUGAAAAUGCAAUUCGAGUUGCAUUUCAAGUGAAAACUCUGCACAGUUGCCUCGGCUAAUUUAUUGCAAAUUGUUAAAAGCUACAACGACGAAGGCGACGCUGCUGCUGGCUGUCAACUGAUGACAGCGGCAUGCUGCUCCUCCUCUUUCCCGCUAAAAAAAAACCCCCCUGCUGCACCCUAAGCUUGUGGCCGCUGCUGUGUUUUCCCCAUUUUCAGGCUGCUCCCCUUGUUGGCUUCGGGGGAAAAAUUCAGUUUAGAGUGAGCCACAUUCGCAUGGAAAUCGUUGGCAAUUUUACAGUAACGCAAUAAAGUCAGAGAUCUUUGAAGAGCUUUAUUUAAAGUGUAUAGGCACAUUGAAGAGCUGAAUCUAUUCGGGUUUUAAAAGUAUUUAAUACGCUUAGUGAUUCCACUCUAAAAGGCAGUCUGGUUUUAUUUUAAAAGCGUCAAUUAAUUGGUUUAAGUAAAUUAAAAUUUUCACUGGAAAAUAGUCUUUACUAGUUAGAUAAAAAAUAGACAUUUUUAAAACACAAAUUGUUAGGUUAUAAAAUCUAGUUAAUUUAUUUUUAUUAAUUACGCCAAUAAAAUAUAUCAAUAUACGGUUUCUAAUGCUUGAAUUUUGUGUAAAAAUGGUAAUUUUGCAUUACAUACGAGAUGGCGAUCUACAACGUUUUUAAAAGCCAAUUAAUUGGUUACAACGAAACGCGGCUCACCCUGAUUAGCAUACGGGCAACAGAAAACAACAACGGCAACCGAUUUGCAUUUAGCCACCAUCCAUCUAAAUCACACAGCACACAGCUCUUGCCCCCUUUGCCCCACGAAUCCCGCGAAUCAGUCCCAUCAGUUUCGCGGCUUGAACAUUUUGCGGCAUUGACAAUAUCAAAUUGUUAUCUGGCAUAAAAUAAUUACAACGUUUUAAUGCAGACAAAAUAGUUGUCGUCGGUUCGACGGUUGCAAGUUGCUGUGGUUUUCUGUUUCUGUUGAUGUUGUUGAUAUCAUCGAUGUUGUUGUUGUUUGCUGGUUGCCUGCUGCUUUGGCUGCCAAAGUAUAGCUGCCAAUUUGAGUGCCAAUAAAAGCGCGUGUGCGACAGCAAAGAGAUUUCAUUUUCAGCGGACAACGUUGUCAUGGUUAGUUUUUAGCUGCUGGUGCGCUAAUUAACCAAAAACGCAGCCAAUUAGUUGGACUAACACGGAAAAGUUGCAGUUCCAC